GAGAGGAGCCGGCGGACAGCUUGGCUCUGUGGGAUUGGGGGGGAGGAGAUGCUGCCUCACCCCGAGAACCUCUGUCAGCAUUCCCGCCUCGCGUGUGUCCCGCUGCUCGGCCAGGAAGCGGAGGAGGGAUGAGGAAACCUCCGCCCUGGCUGCCCACAUGGAGACGGCAAAGAGUCCGCAGCGUAAGCGGCCCCUGAGAGUGCGGCCGGCCGCUGAACAGCAGCAGCAGCAGCAGCCUCCAGAGGAGGGGGAGGAUCGCAGGAAACGGCUCCCUAGCUGCCCCCGGCCUCGCUACAGCCUGCUGGCUGAGAUCGGGCGCGGCAGUUACGGCGUGGUGUACGAGGCGGUGGCGCGGCGGAGUGGUGCCCGGGUGGCAGUGAAGCGGCUGCGCUGUGACGCUCCGGAGAAUGUGGAGCUGGCCCUGGCCGAGUUUUGGGCGCUGACCAGCCUGAGACGCCGGCACCCAAACAUCGUUCGCUUCGAAGAGUGCGUCCUGCAGCGCAACGGCCUGGCCCAUACUAUGCGGCACGGCAAUACCGCCUCCCAGCUCUACCUGCGCCUGGUGGAGACGUCUAUCAAGGGGGAGCGUAUUCUUGGAUACACAGAGGAAGCGUGUUACCUCUGGUUCGUCAUGGAGUUCUGCGAAGGAGGAGACCUGAAUCAGUAUAUCCUCUCCAGGCGGCCAGACCCGGCAACCAACAAGAGCUUCAUGCUGCAGCUCACCAGCGCCAUCGCCUUCCUGCACAAGAACCAAAUUGUCCACAGGGACCUCAAACCCGAUAAUAUCCUGAUCACGGAGCGCUCGGGCUCCCCGGUGCUGAAAGUGGCGGACUUUGGGCUCAGUAAGGUGUGUGCGGGUUUGGCUCCCCGUGGGAAGGACAGUACGGGGGAUGGGGGCAGCGAAAACAAAGCCUUCAACAUCAACAAGUUCUGGCUGUCGUCGGCUUGCGGCUCUGACUUCUAUAUGGCUCCUGAGGUGUGGGAAGGACACUACACAGCGAAAGCGGACAUAUUUGCCCUGGGCAUCAUUAUCUGGGCGAUGAUCGAGCGCAUCACCUUUGUGGAUGCAGAGACCAAGAAAGAGCUUCUGGGGACCUACAUCAAGCAGGGCAGUGAAAUUGUGCCCGUGGGGGAGGCGCUGCUAGAGAACCCAAAGAUGGAACUCCACAUCCCACAGAAACGCAGGACUUCCAUGUCUGAGGGCAUCCGCCGGCUGCUUAAGGACAUGCUGGCCGUGAACCCGCAGGACCGUCCUGACGCGUUCGAGCUGGAAACACGGAUGGACCAAGUUACGUGUGCUGCUUGAGGAGGGUUGUCGGUUGUUGAGAGGUUUUGCUCUUCUUCGAGUCGGCUCCACCGCCUACUUCUGAUCUCGCGUGGAAAGCUCUUCGUGUCUGGAACGCUCAGACUUUUCCCUUUCUAUACGUUGUAGAGGAUUGUCUGUUUGCCCAGCACUCGCCGUGUACCCGGUGUACUCUCCCAGCAGCUGCUUCUUGCCCCGGCUGGUGCCACCGAUAGCUUUGCCUCCGCCACACGGCAUGAGAAGCCCGCAGUCCUCUGUCGCGGAUGUCACACGGGGUUCGUUAGCAUGGUGGGCUUUCUUCUAGCGUUGCACGUUGAGUGCCUGUGAGUGGAUGAGUUGUCCUGAGUUCUCCCUGCCCCGCG